AACAAGCCGUCAACUAGCAGCUACCUAGCUCCUUGUAGUUAAUUACUUAAUAUCGCAAAUCACGGGAAGCGAGCCAGCCAAAACGCACAAAUACCUACCUGCUAUUUGCUGCAGGCAGACCGCCAUCUCAGACCGCCAUCUUGAUCAAUUAGGUACCCUUUUCGGUAACGAAAACGAAGCCAUCGCGAUGUUCACGUCCCCAGUCCCCGAGGCUCCCGCCCGAGAGCAGCCCCAGAGAGGCACCGAGAAAGGCACCAACGACGGGCCCAGCCAGUCCGAGCUUCGUCAAUCUGCCGCCGCCAUUGCCGGCUCCGCCACGAGCCAAAACCGUUUCCCCAACGGGACGACCAACGCCAGCAUCUACCAUCCUCCCAAUCCUCGUCGAACGACAGAAACACAACGAGAAGGCAUCGUUGCAGCUAAGUGGCCGGGAGUGAUACUGCCUAGCGACGCCGCCAACUUCCCAAAGUGCAGCAGCAAGAACAGAGUCACGAUACCGCCACACCUACGUCUCGUACGGGCCGACCACAAGACUCUGGGGAAGCUAGACGAGAUUCAGUGCCGGCUGCGGAAUGCCUUGAUUCCUUACGAGCUUUGGGCAGCCCGUGUAGCCACAGAGCUAGCCGGAGACUUCCAGCCGGUUGCGAACUGCGUACGCAACCGGACGCCCUCUUGGGUAACCUUCGUGGGAGCUAUCAUCCACGUCCUGGAGAAGCACGAAGCCCCUGACAAGCCACUGACGACGUUCGCGGCGCUGUUGCCAAUCCAGGGCGAGACUCUCCUGAACUUCGUACGUCGUCUGCGCGAGGCCUUUUACCGGCUACCGCCUCGCGACCUUGAAGCAGAGAUAGUGCGAGAGCUGCUUCAGGAGGGGCUUAGGACCUACACUCCUAGCGUGUGGCUGUUCCUGAGGCGCGACAACCAGUGGAAUGCCGCUCAGAUCGUCGAAGAAGCCGUGUGCGUCGCUCAGACGAUUGAACGACAAGCGAUUGAAAGGAUGAUCUUCAGCACGCCGGCAGUUGUUACGCAGUCACAGGGCGCGGCCGCUCCUUUCUACCAUCUAGAGACCUCGCAGGCAACGCCUUCGAAGCCGGGCACAUCUCAGGUCAGGCAGCCUAGCGCCAGAGGUGCUGUUCCCGUGAAGCUGAGCGCCGCGAAGGAGGAGGACGAGGACGAGGACGAGGACGAGGGCUACGCCAUCUACGAUACGGACGACGACGAGCCGACGAGGUCGUCGAAGCAAUCGUGGACCUAUUAUUGAACGACGGCGACGACAGCGACGACGAUGACGACGAUCGUUUACACGUACAGGAUGCUAAGCCGCCGAAGCCACGCUGGGAGAGAUCAAUGGCCCAGCGAGUGCGACGACUGCGAACGAGGCUUGAGCAGUUCGCUUGAUCAGGUCGUUUGAGCAGG